AAUUUCACCUCGCCCUCACCCUCCGCUCUCCGUGCAAUUGUCGUCUUGGAACGCCAAUUGGCCGUCGCUGCGUCCUCCAGUUCGGGCAAUUUUUUCGAUCUGUGGUCAUCCCUCCUCCAGCCAUGCUCUCGAGAGCUGCCCGCCCGGCCCUCAAGGCCGGCAAUGCAGUCCUUGCUCGGUCUGCGCCUGCCAAUGCCGCCAACUUCGCUACCCUCCGUGAAAUCGAGGGCCGCUUGAAGUCCAUCAAGAACAUCGAGAAAAUCACCAACACCAUGAAGAUCGUUGCUUCCACCCGUCUUACCAAAGCCCAGAGAGCCAUGAGCGUCUCCCGUGCCUAUGGUCAAACCUCAGAGACCGUCUUCGAAAAUGCCGAGACCAAGCCACUUGAGAACAAGAAGACCCUCUUCGUCGUCGCCAGCUCCGAUAAGGGUCUCUGUGGCGGCAUCCACUCCGGCCUCAGCAAGGCUACUCGAAGGAUGAUAGAAGCGCAACCUGACGCCGAUAUCGUUGUUCUCGGCGAAAAGUCCAAGGGUCAACUCGGCAGAACCAAUGACAAGAACAUCGUCAUGAGUUUCUCUGGCGUUGGAAAGGACAUCCCCACUUUCGCCGACGCCCAGGCCAUUGCCGACCAGAUCUCUCUCUUGCCAACGGACUACGCCAGCAUCAAAAUUGUCUACAAUAAGUUCCUCAACGCCCAAAGCUAUGAGCCCGUUACCGUUGAAGCUUUCUCCGAAGAGGCUAUCAUUCAAUCCCCCAAUGUCGUUGCUUUCGAGGUUGACAACGAGGUUCUUGCAAACCUUCGAGAAUACGCCCUCGCCAACAGCUUGUACUGGGCCUUGGCUGAAGGACACGCUUGCGAAAUUUCCGCUCGUCGCAAUGCUAUGGAUAACGCUUCCAAGAACGCUGGUGACAUGAUUAGCCGAUUCCAGAUCCUUUACAACAGACAGCGUCAAGCCGCUAUUACUGGCGAAUUGGUUGAGAUUAUUACUGGUGCCACUGCCAGUGAGGAAAUGUAAUGUGCUAUCUUGGCUGCCGUUGUCUGCCAGUGUCUCGAGGCAUGUAGAGUUUCCGUACAGUUCUAGAUCAUGUAAACA